AUCUGAAACAAGAAGACUAUUCAAUUCAAGACAACUGUAGAAAGAAAGAUGGACAACAAAUCAGCAAGUCAGGAAUGUCAGCUUUUAGUUAAUCUCAGGUAACCCAGAGCUAAAACCUUGCGUUGUGGUCAGAUGCUCAAUUACUUAGUAUGUCCAGUGAAGAUUAGCAAUGAGCUACAAAGUCCUUGAUCAAAUCAGCCUGAUGAGAGAUGGAAAGAGCUUGCAAAUACAAUGCUUUGAGGAAUUAAGUACAUCCCCUGAAAUGUUGUCUUUUUAAAUUUGAAAAUUGUAUUUUUCUUUACCUUUUAUUUGAUCUUAAAAUAAAGUCUACUAUCUUAAAGGUACGCUUUUAUUUUUCCAAAUAAUACAGAAAAUAUACAUAAUUGAUUCAUUUUUAACAAACAUUCAAUUUUCUUGCGUAGGAAGAAGUUACAUCUUUAAAAAUUAAUAAUAAUGAUCAGACACGUGGACCUAAAAAUCGUGCAUUAACACAUUGUGUAUUGAGUUAAUUAUUCUACUGUCUGACAGAUAAUAAAGAAAUGGAGAAUGUUCCAGACCACUGGCUAUCUGUCUUAGUCCUUCCAAAACCCAAGAGCUGAGCAAAAGAUUCUCAGUGUUAUCACCACGGGAUCUACAGGCAUCUCUGGCUAUUACAAAUGUCAGAGUAGUUGGGUCAACUCUCCGAUUGUACAAAUUUGACCUUGGAGAGAAGUUAAAGGAAAAAGUCUCUGCUCUCAAAAACAUUUAACAGGAAAACUAAAGGUGGCUUGGGUGAAGAACAGUACAAUGUGCUUUGAACAGACAAGUCAAAAGAUUAGUUGUUUGGUGGCAAUGCCAUAUUUGCUAGAAACAAAACACUGCCAUUGAACAGAACCCAUUAUUAACUGUAAAGCAUUGUGUUAGGGCACAAUGGUAUGAGGCUGAUUUGCUGCCCUAGGGUCUUCGCAGUGUGCAGUCAUUAAGUCAUCCAUAGUUUUUAUCAUUUUCUGUGUUUAUUUUUUUCAAUCUGUUUACAAUUGUCUGUCAGUAGUGAUGGAAUGUAUCAAUACAUAGCACAAAUUGCAUUUUCAGAGGUGUACUUACUUCCUCGCAGCAGUGUGUGUCCAGUUAUGGCACACCCAUUGAACAUGGUCCUUUGGUGUAUGACUAGGUGAGGUGAUAGCCGUGGUUGGUAGCUGCGAAGCUUUAGGAAGCUGGUCCCAUCAAAAAGCUGUGACCCUUCAACCGGUUGAAUACGAUGGCACAUUGUGGAAGAGGACUGUCAGUGUGUCCAGAGGUGCUGUGUCCACCUAUCGCUACUUUAAAGGCCACUUCCUGGAAUCAAAGAGUGCAGGUGGUCCGUGUCAGGUGAUAGUCACUAAGUGGGAGACCCAUCAGCAGCCUCGCCUGAUGAGACCCACAGAAUCACACCUUGAUAUUGAUGAUGGCCAAUUUGGAUUCCACACAGACGGCGUCGAGUGUGUGGACUCUGGGUGGCUGACGUGCCAGACGGAGAUCCGCCUGCGUCUCCACUACUCCAAGACGUCUCCCGUAUCCAUCACCAAGAAGAGAUAUAAGAAAUCUCGCUUCAGGAUCAAGCUGACUCUGGAAGGUGUAGAGGAGGAUGAUGAUGAUGACGAUGAAGAGCAAAGCGCGGCGGCAUGGCAUAAGAUGACCACCACGCUGGAGACCAGCUUGAUCAGUAAAGAUGGAUACCGCUCGCGCCACUCCCAACCCGAGUGCGGCUAUGCCCUGGAGGCCUCGCAGUGGACCGAGUACAUCAUCCACACCAUGGACCCGGACAACCUGGAACUCACCUUCGAGUUCUUUGAGGAGGACAUGGGCGAGCAUGUCGUGCCAGGCGAUGCCCACCCGGGGACCGUGGGCACUGCCUGUCUGCUUUCUUCAUUCUUUGUGGAGAGUGGCAAGGACACUGGUGUUGUCACUCUGCCUAUCAUGAAACAAAACUCCAGACAGACCCUGGGCAAAGUCAGAGUGGACUACCUGGUCAUCCGUCCUAUAGAUGGAAUUCAAUGUGACAUGAGUUCGUCGUUCACCAAGUACUGGAGAAAGAGGAGUGCUCCCCUGGAUGUAGGACACAGAGGGGCCGGCAGUACACACGCAGCCAAACAUACCAAGGUCAGGGAGAACACCAUUGCCUCGUUCAAAAGUGCUGCCAAUCACGGGGCUGCCUAUGUGGAGUUUGAUGUCCACCUGUCCAAGGAUUGCGUCCCCAUCGUGUAUCACGACCUGACCUGCUGCAUCUCUACCAAGAAGAAAGGAGACAAGCACUCCCUAGAGCUGUUUGAAGUUCCUGUCAAAGACCUCACGUACGACCAGCUACAGCAGCUCAAGCUGGGCCACGUUUCUGCAUUGAAAGUGAACGACCACAAAGAUGAUGACGAUGAGGAAGAGGUUGAUGAGCAUCAGCCCUUCCCUUCAUUCUCACAGAUUUUCCAAGCAGUGCCUGAACAAGUGGGGUUCAACAUCGAGCUAAAGUGGAUUUGUCAGAUGAAGGAUGGUUCAUGGGAAGGAAACCUUUCUUCCUACUUCAACAUGAACCUCUUCCUGGACAUCAUACUGAGCUGUGUGCUGCAGAGAGCCGGCAAGAGACGCAUCGUCUUCUCCUGCUUCGACCCGGACAUAUGCACCAUGGUUCGCCAGAAGCAGAACAAGUAUCCAAUCCUGUUCUUGACACAGGGCAUCUCACAGGUGUACCCUGAGCUGAUGGACAUCCGCUGUCAGACCACACAAAUCGCCAUGAGCUUCGCGCAGAGCGAAAACAUCCUGGGCAUCAGCGCCCAUACCGAGGAGCUCCUUCAGAACCUGCAGCACAUCCGUGAGGCUCAGUCUAAAGGCCUGGUGGUGUUCUGCUGGGGGGACCUGAACAACGACCACGACAACAGGACCAAGCUCCGGGAGCAGGGAAUUGACGGACUCAUCUACGACAGCAUCUGCGACCAGCAAGCCGAGCAGCCCAACAUAUUCAAAGUAGAGGAGAAACACACGCUGCAGGAAACACUCAAGAGCUUUGUGUGCUCCUGUUACUCCAUCCCCUGCCAGGCGCCCACCUGUGCCUCCUCCGUGACGUCCAAAGAGCACAUCGGCACCGCGGAGUCCGACUCGGGCCUCAGCUCCUCCUGAUUAACCACUGCCUUCCGGAGACGGUCUGUAGAUGAGCACGCUGAAAAGGCCAGAGUCAGGGUAGUAGGUUCUAAAACAGACCUAAAGCACCAAUGAAUAUUCAAAAAUUGUCCAAUGGGUGUAAACGAUUUGGUUUAAUAUCUUGUGUUACAAAAAAAGCUCUACUGGGUGGUUGACCAAAAUGUCAAACAUUUGAGCAAAGCCCAGGUCCAGUGGUAACAUUCCUGGCCCCCAUGCACAUAAUGUGGCUCCGCUCGGGAGACCAGGGUUCAGUUCCCAUCUCUACUUUUAACCGCUGUGUCUCCUCUUCGCCUGUCUUCCUAUGUCUCCCAUGGUGUAUUAUAAAAGGUUUGAAAAAUCUAUGAAAAUAUGCAAGGAGAGUAUGUCUACUCCUCCCACCCCUCCCAAAAUGGAAUAUUUACCUCCUACUUUUUUCCAGUGUGAGCAGAGCACUCAGCGUGUCGUAUUAUCUGGCUUGAAUUGUUCAUCAAAAUCUUGAAGUGGAACCAAUCUGUAAUUUGAGGCUGGAUUACUGCACACCUGGUGUGAGUCGGUUGUGGGAUUAGAAUCGCAUUGGUGAUUGAAAAGCUCUUCUGCCAUUUCUAGCAUGGCCAGAUUGUAACAACCCUUUAUGAACUGAAAUCGCUCCCCACUCAAACCACUGAAGCAAUACACAAGCUGUGCCCAGAUGUCUGUUAUUUCUGCUUUUUGUUUUAACUGGAAAGAGGAAAGUAUUUUGCCAAAACAAGCAUCUGGUAUGUUAUUAUGACUUCAGCUGAAUGACCUCAGUCACAAUUAUAAGGGAAUCACACUCACAUGUCUUUACUUACAAAUGAAUGCCUACUCCAGAUUUUUUUUUCCUGGUGUAUCUUUUAUUAAGCCAAUUUGCUAACUGCAAAUCAAAUGUAAAGUGCUAAAAUACAUAGUGUAUAUUAACUUUUCUAACUGGAGGACCAUCAUUUUAUUCAAUAGAUUUAAGCCUUUAUGCAGAGAAUGAAUUGCAACAUUAUGAUUGUCUGCAUGUAUAAUAGAAAGUAUUUUACAAUCACUUAUUUAUUCAGACGUUACUAGUUUAAUGCUGAUCGGCAGUGGCUCCAAUAAUAGUUCAAUGGAACUAUAUCAUUUUGGACUGUGACUUGACCACAACACACACACACACACUUUAAACCUCUAUCUCUGUUAUCGUUCCUUUCAUAUUUCAUUUGACAUUUGAACCCAGUCAUGUAAUCCCUUAGGACUGCCCUAAAAUAUGAUCGGUUAUCAUUAUUUAAUGACCGUAUUUGGAAGUGUUGCUGCAGGGGCCUAAAUCAGAGCAGGUUCAUUCAUUUUGCCGUAAUGACUUUUUGAAUACCUUUGUUGAAAACAUUGUUUUUCACUCAGAACCAACCUUUUAGAAUAUGUGUCAGAUUGAUGUUCCCCAUUAAGGAAUGAAACAGACUGUUUGAUAGUGGCUCGAUGUAAUCUGUGUACUGUAAAAUCAACUCCUUAUGUUGAUACAGCCCUGUUCCUCGACUUCCGAACACAGUUGAGUAUUAUCCUAACCAGGCACCUCACCCGACUGACCUGAUUGUUCUGUUCAGUGACUGCCUAAACUCAGCACGCAUCUUAGUCCUGGUCAGUUAAAUCAAAAGCAUGAGAAGUGCCUGCGGCACACAAAGACCAGGGUUAUCUAACCCCGUAGUAGCUCAUUUGAGAAGGGUUUUCUUAGCACUUGCACUUCCUUCAUAGUGCACAUCAUAAGAGCCUUAAUGGGGAAGUUGUACAGAAGCUACUCUUCUGAAACCCCUUCACACCACUCGGUUCACUUAAUGCAAUAGAAGACCAAGGUUGUUCUUGCCCUCAACUGAACAAUAGUUGCUUUCAUUCACCUUUCAGUUUCUUGCAACAUUUGAAGUCCUAAUCUUUAUACUGACUGUCCGUUCUAACUUUAGUUUACAUGCACAUUGAUGUAUCUGUAUGUUUCCUGAAUGGUGCACCAUAAUGACAUAUGUAUAUCUUUCACUGGAACACAGAAAAAAAGCACAGCCCAGAUUGUUGUAGGAAUGUAUUAUCUGUUUCUCUAUGUAAUGAUAAUAAAAGUAAUGCUUAAAACUUACUGUA